AUGGCCGCUCCGACCGUCAUUUUUCGUGUUCGUCAAACAGCAGAGAUGUCAGGUCGUCGGUCAAAUCAAGUCCGCGUUAUGGCCAUCUCAAAACCUAAACCAGUCUCUCAUAUCAGGCAAGUUCACAACGUCGGUCACCGUUGUUUUGGCGAAAGCUACAUUCAGGAGAUGAAUGAAAGAGCACCACAGCUUCCAAAAGACCUUGAAUGGUAUUUUAUGGAGCAUUUGCGAAGCAAUAAGAUGAAACAGCUCCUGGCUACAGUCCUCAAUCUGGCCAUGGUUGAAGGUGUAAAUAAUGAGAAGAAAGCACUUGAAGAAAGAUCCUCUGAGGCCGAGACUCUCGCUGUCGGCGGCAUCGAGACUUUCCUCUUCGAACGCAGCCCCGCCUCCUCCAAACCCUGCGGCGGCGCCAUCCCCUCUGCAUGCUCGAAGAGUUCUCCAUUCCGCCGGAGCUAG